AAGCGCCGGGCGCGCCUCCCGGCUCCACACUUUCACUCUCCGCUGCAGCUCCUCCUCUAGCCUCGGUCCCCGCAGCCACCGCAGCCACAGUCCGUGCCAUGGACGCCAAGAUCGUCGCCGUGCUGGCCCUGGUGCUGGCGGCGCUCUGCCUCAGCGACGGGAAGCCCGUCAGCCUGAGCUACAGAUGCCCUUGCCGAUUCUUCGAGAGCCACGUUGCAAGAGCCAACGUCAAGCAUCUCAAAAUCCUCAACACUCCGAACUGCGCCCUUCAGAUCGUGGCCAAGCUGAAGAACAACAACAGACAGGUGUGCAUCGACCCCAGGCUGAAGUGGAUUCAGGAAUACCUGGAGAAAGCUUUAAACAAGAGGCCCAAGAUGUGAGAGGCGCGGGCUGGGUCAGCGCCCAGGAGGCCUCCGGGGGGAGGCGGGCGAAGCCAGUGCUAGGAAGGGCCCGGGGUCUCCUGGCGUGGCCGGGCGGGGCCCAGUGUGCUCCCAGGGCUGGUUUUGCACAAUUUACCUUACUCUCACCAUUUGAUUAUGUAGCAAAAUAUAUUCGGAUUUUUUUUUUUUUUUCCAUUUAGCUCAAUUAUCCAAUGUCACUGGUGACAAAUAGGAACUUAGACAGAAGCCAUUAUUUUAUGUGCAUUAUUCUAUCUGUACCAUGGAGCCUGGUCUGACUGGGGUCCCUGAGAGCUGUAUGGCUCUGAGCCGCACAGGCUGGGACCUCGGGUGGAGGGGCAGAGCCACCAGGAGGGUCAGGACCCACCUGCACAGGCAAACCCCAGUGUAGGCAGCCACCAGGGGCAGAGGCAGUCCCAGAGGGCCAGGCAGGGCUCCCGGCGGCAGCAGGAGGGAGGCCAGGGCCAGGCGGGGCCUCAUCCGCGCUCUCCUCUCCAUCUCAUCACGCUCCUCGCAUCAUCCUCUCUCUCAUCCAUCACCAUGUGCGUCUGAGACUGUCGUGACCCAGGAAGGACUCUCAAGACAAAAGCUUUGUGUAAACUGGGCAUCAAGAAGCAAACCCAAGUGCGUUCUGUUACCACGUCCUGGAGACGCUGUGCGCAUCCGUGUCCACUUUGCCAUGUUGUCCGUCGUCCGAUUCUGUUUUCUUGUUCAAAGCCGUGUCCUCUUGCUGCCUUGUCAGCUCCCCACGUGCAGAGGCCGAGGGAGGGGAGCUGCCCGGGUCCCCGGCCCCUGGCCAGGGCUGCCAGCAUGUGGGUGGGGUGGCCUUGUUUUCCCCGCUGAGCACAAAGCCGUGGAGGAUGCACGGAGCCAAGGGAACCCAGUGAGCCGCAGUACUGACGCCCAAGGAACGCAGGCCCUCCCCAUUUCUGAAGGUGGGAUAGCUCAGAGCUACAGGCAUUGUUUUGAGAAUCACAGAAAUAACAAGACAAGAUUCUUAUCUUGGCUUUGAAAUCACAGUCCAUAAAACACUUCAUCCUGGGUAUUUUUUUCCUGAUUAAAGCUGACCUCAGCACUUCUCCAUGGGCAGCCCCUCGUGCCUUCCCUGCCCGCGGGCCCGGGCUCCAUCCGGGAGCCCGCCCCGGCCUCGCCCUUGGACGGGACGUGCGGGAAGUUGGCUAAGAGCCCUCUGUUUGACAUGUUUCCCUGUACUGAGGGCCUUUUGUGGAGUUAACCUUAAACAAUUGAAAGGUUCACUUUUUAAGAAGGGAGGCACUGAGGGGGGUUCGCUUGUUUUGUUUUUUAGUUGGCCUCACUAAUAUGUUUCCCCUUUGACUGAGGAUCCAGUCAAGUUUUUAAAAUUCAGAAAGUAGGAAAAAAGAAGGGGUUGUAUCGAUUGACAGGCCACUGCGAACGGCAGGCAGAAAGGACAUGACAGGGCGAUGACUUUGAACUGUAGGUGUUUGUAGAUGUAAUGACCUUUGGGUAGCAGUAGGUGUUAGGCAUGUCCAUAGGUAUUUCUUAAAGGUGACUCUUCAUGAUGCAAAGCCAUUCCACCAAGCAAACAAGUACUCACAUCCCCCAAGCGGCUGCCUUCUAUGGGAACAGAGUGUGGGGCCUUUAUUAGUUACAAAGGGACUGGUUUCUGAACCCUCUUUUAAAAUUAACCUGUCACCACAGGGCUCCUGAAUUAUACAUGAAAUUAUUGAAUUUUCAGCAGGAGGCUCAUUUUCUAGGUACCUACAAAUAGUUCCCGGAUUUUUAAAAAUCUUGUGGAAAAUUUGGAAGCAUCUUCCCCUGGAAUCCCUGAGCCAGAGCCACUAAACCCAGACAUCGGGGGAAAUAUGCCACUAAAUCUCAACUAUUGUUAAAUAUAGUCAUUUCUGUGUCUCCUGACAGGAGAGGAAAUAGGUGAGAGUAGGAACUGCAGGGAAAAUUGCUUGUGUAACCAUUUCUGUACCUGCCAUCUGCUCCUGAAAGGAGACUCCCAGCUGAAGCACAGAUGGUUCAAACAGUCCCUUUGCAAAGGAAAGGCUCGCCCUCUGGCUUCCAAAACUCAAGUCAACUGCAUCAGGCAAUCAGGGUCACCCAGCUGCUCCUCCCGGCCCAGGCUGCUGCUCCCUGACCUUCCCUUGGGCUCAGCAUGACCUCCAGGCAGCCCUUCCCUCCAGCCUCUGCAUCCGGUGGCCCGAGCUCCGGGGACUGGGGCUCCCCUGUGUGCUGUGUGCUGGAACCUGAAUCUGUGCCGUGCGUUGUUUGUACUGUUCUCUGUCCUGCUCUGGCCAGGUGCUGAGACCCCAGCGAGGGAGGAGGCCCGGAAGGGCCCUCUGCCUGUGUGAGCAGGGGGCCUGUGUAGCAAGGGCUGCUGGGCCCCUGUGAGUGCAGAGGGGGUUCCAUCGCACCUUCCUUUUCUGAAUCCUGCCUGGUGCGGCCAAAGGGCUCCCUCACCGGGACUUCAUCGCCCUUCUCAGGAAUGUGCCCUUCCGCAGCUGGAUGAGAAUUGUGGAGUCCUGGCCCCUCUGCACAUCUUCUCUGGCCCUCUUCUGAGGGAACCCGCCCCCGGAACCACCCAUGUCCUCUCAGCAGACCCCUGACAUUGCCGAUUGAAAAACCCCACAGGGAAGCCCUUCGUCCCCAACCUCGCUGGACUCUCAGCCCCUGGGCAGGGAUGGGUUCAGUGUCCAAUGUGGUAAAUACUGUAUCUUGUUUUGUUGAAAUUGCAUGUCCCAGAUAAUGUGAAAAUGGUCCAGGAGAAGGCAGCUUCCUGUAUGCAGUGUGCUUUCCUAAUAAGUAACAAUUCCUUCUGAGAAACAAUGUCUACUUUGAUAUCCAUGAAAAGAUGUACUGUAUAUGCACUUAUAAUUGUUCUAAUAAAGACACGUACUCAAAAGCA